GCCAUAUUUCCUUAAAAACAGCUCCCGAGCAAAAACACCGCGGACCUUUACUUUGUACAGGACGGCUAGUUUGGAGGAAUUACCGACGCACCAUCGACCAUUAGCGGGGAAAAACCGCGAAGAUUCUACAAAAUAACAUUAAUCUGCGCUCAGCGUUCAGGCUCAAUGUAUAACCUACGCAACUAUCAAGGUUGCGAAAGCCGUAAAUUUACGUUAAAUUGAGCGUUUUAACCCUUAACGUACUCUUCGAAACAAUGCUCUAGAGAGAUGAGUCAGGCAGAGCAGGCGCCUGCGGACAUGCCUGCAUCCCACCAAGAUGAGCCAACAGCUGCAGACAACAAGGACCACCCAGUGGCACAGCCGGGCAUGUUCGGCAGAUUGGCGGGGGGCUUGUACGGUGCCACCAAAGGAGCUUUAGGAGCAACGGUGGGUGGUGUGACCUGGAUUGGAGGAAAGAGUCUGGACCUCACCAAGACUGCUGUCACCUCUGUAGCCGCUGUGCCUGCGAUGGGAGUGGGACUGGUUAAAGGGGGAGUGUGUGCUGUAGCUGGAGGAGUGACUGCUGUCGGCUCUGCAGUGGCCAGCAAAGUUCCCAUAGGGGGAGGCAAAAAGAAGGACAAGUCUGACUGAUGCAGAGAGUUGGAGAGUGGACACACUCAGCUGAGUAAUAAUGUUCGCACUGCAUUUCCCCUGUUUCAGCACUGGUGAGCAGGAAAAGAGCAAUAUGGGACUCAAAGUUCAGUGUGCAUGUUUUGGUGUAGGUUUUGGUUUGUGUGUGUGUGUGUGUGUGUGUGUGUGUGUGUGUGUGUGUGUGUGUGUGUGUGUGUUGGUAAACCCACAUCCAUAAAAUUAAAUGGCAUAGAUUUAUAAAGCAGCAGCAUAAAAAAGACUCCAUUGCUGCUGUUAAAUGCAAACACACCAGACCUGUCUCCUGUGCCAUUACAUUGUUCAUAUGAUGUUUGGUAAGCUACUGCACUGCUUCCAUUGGUAACUUGUUUAUGAGCGGAAAAACAGCACUUAGUGAAAUUAAAUUUCGCUUGCAAGACAAUCAGUAAUCUGUGAUUUUGUUUAUUCAUAUUUUACUGUCAACUGGUAAAUGCUGUUACUUUUAUGUGGAAAUGUUCAAUGUGUGCUUUUUGUUCAUGACCCUUCAGUUAGUCACAUGAGCAGGUAUGUCUAAUCAAAGAUGUGUCGGACCUGUAAAGUCAUUGCUGGCUCUUGAUGCUUCAUUUGACUGUUUUACUUUUUUCCUGUAUUUUUCAGCCCGGUGAAGUUUUUGCUUAUGCAGAACCUGAUUUAUUAUAAUAAAAACAGUGUCAUAGUCUAAAAUUCAGAGCAUGUUAAUUUCAGUGAACCCUUUUCCCUGUUUCAUACAUUCACUACUUUCACUUGUUUUUCUGCACAGAAGCUUUAUUGUGGCAUCUUUUUGUCUGCAAUCCAGUAAAGUUUUCAUUAAUGCUUCUCUGUUAAGGGUUGCUUUGUUCUUUUUGUUUGUGUGGUAGAAAUCUUACAGCUGGACUUGUUGAUAUUUUGAGUUUCAAGUGUCAAGUACAUUUUAAAGCAGAAAACCUGUAGAAGUGCAUUUAAUUAAAAAAAAAAAAAAACCUUUACUCUCCAGUGAAGUAGCUUUCAGGCUUUGUAUCAUGCAAAACUGAAGUUUCAAAGCUUUUGUAUUAUCAGUGUUAGAGACUGAAGCGUUUUGACACAUGGCAAGUAUAUAUUCAGAACCUUUUUGUAAUAAAACAACUGAAGGACAUUUGGUUUCUGUUUCCUCUGGUACUAAAUAAGUUAUAAUGUAAGUAAGAUGAAAUUAUUAAAGCAUUUAGAAAUUUGUGGUUUAAAUUCAGAACCUCACCAGCAUUGCACAGAGAAGUAAUCUGGCCAUUCUUCUGACUUCUGGAAUCAUCAAGGCAUUUUAUUCCAGAGAAGUGCCACUCACUGGAUAUUUUCUUACUUUUGGGCUAGUAAACUCUAGAGCAGGGCUCUUCAACUCCAGGCCUCGAGAGCCCCUGUCCUG